UUGAUUUUGUUCGAAGUCAUGUCAUAUUCAUAAGUUUAAAAUUGAGUAAAAUUGUUUGUCUUCUUAUUUUAUGUGUAAUAUUCUGAUGUUUUAAAUAUGUAUCGAUUUAAUAAUUUAUUUCGUUCUGUAUUGGUAAAACGUCAACUUCAUCAAAAUCGCAAAUACGCAAAAGAAGUAAAAUUUGGUCCUGACGUCAGAUCUCUUAUGCUCCAAGGAGUAGACAUCCUUGCUGAUGCCGUUGCUGUGACGUUAGGUCCAAAGGGACGUAAUGUGAUAUUGGAACAGGCUUUCGGACCACCAAAAAUUACCAAAGAUGGAGUAACCGUAGCUAAAGGUAUUGAAUUAGAUGAUAAGUUUCAAAAUAUAGGGGCUAAACUUGUACAAAAUGUUGCUAACAAAACUAAUGAAGAAGCUGGUGAUGGAACUACUACAGCAACUAUUUUAGCUAGAGCGAUUGCUAAAGAAGGUUUUGAAACUAUAUCCAAAGGAGCUAAUCCUAUAGAGAUUAGAAAGGGCGUCAUGUUAGCUGUUGAUACAGUAAAAAAUAAAUUAAAACAGAUGUCUAAACCUGUAAAUACAUCAGAAGAAAUUGAACAGGUAGCCAAAAUAUCUGCCAAUGGAGAUGCUUCUAUAGGCAAGCUCAUAGCAAGUGCCAUGGAUAAGGUCGGAAAGGAUGGUGUGAUUACGGUAAAAGAUGGUAAGACAUUAUACGAUGAACUGGAAAUGAUUGAAGGAAUGAAAUUUGAUAAGGGCUAUGUAUCCCCAUAUUUCAUUAAUUCCCAUAAAGGACCCAAAAUAGAAUAUAGUGAUGCGUUGAUUCUUUUUUCCCAGAAGAAAAUUUUUACAAUUCAACAAAUACUACCCGCUUUAGAAUUGGCAAACGCUAAGAAGAAACCCUUAGUAAUAAUUGCUGAGGACUUCGAUGGUGAACCCUUAUCGGUUCUCAUUGUAAAUAAACUAAAAGGAGGGUUACCAGUAGCUGCAGUGAAAGCCCCGGGUUUUGGUGACUUUAGAAAAAACUUUUUGUUAGACAUGGCAAUUGCUACUGGCGGAGUUUUGUUUGAAGACGAUCCUAAUUUAGUACGAUUGGAAGACUGUCAACCCGAGAGUUUUGGGAAAGUAGGUGAAGUAGUAAUUACAAAAGAUUCUACAAUCUUAUUGAAAGGCAAAGGUAAUAAAGACGACAUACAGCAACGAAUUAAUGAAAUUAAAGAAGAACUAGAAACUGCGACUAGUGAUUACGAUAGAAACCGGCUGAUUGAGCGACUAGGUAAUCUUCAAUCUGGGGUUGCCGUUCUUUUGAUCGGUGGAUCGAGUGAGGUUGAAGUUAACGAAAAGAAAGAUAGAGUCAAUGAUGCACUCAAUGCUACGCGAGCCGCAAUAGCAGAAGGAAUUGUUCCUGGUGGUGGUACAGCUCUUUUGAGAUGUAUACCAGAUUUGGAGUCACUAAUUCCUUUAAACAAAGAUCAAAGUAUUGGAAUUUCUAUAGUCAAAAAGGCAUUACGUACGCCAUGUUUAACAAUAGCUUCUAAUGCUGGUUUUGAUGGUUCACUUGUGGUAUCAAAAGUAGAAAAGAUGAGUCCCGAAUUUGGAUACGACGCCAUUAAUAAUGAAUAUGUCAAUAUGAUUGAGAGGGGCAUCAUUGAUCCUACAAAAGUUGUCAAAAGGGCGCUUACUGAUGCAAGUGGUGUGGCAUCUUUAUUAACUACAGCGGAAGCUGUUAUUUGUGAUCUUCCUAAAGCUAAAGAUAUUCCUUUGCCAACGCCCGAUUUAGCAUGAAGGUUUGAGAACUGUAAUGUUUUGUGAUUUAGAAAUAUUACUUCGUCUUUUAUUGUAAAUUUUCUAUUUAUUUAAUAAAGUAGAUACCAAUAAGUAUA